AUGGUGCAGGGAUUUGAGCUGUUCAAGAGCCUGAAAGAUGUCCUCGACCAGCUGGGCCUGACCGACGACGAUUAUGCCGCUCUCAAGAAAGCUCCGUGCAGGGAGCGCGACCAAACAGAUCGCCUGGCCGACCUGAUCGCUCGCUUGAAGAACAGGGGCGCCGGUAUCCAAGCGAGCUCUUACGACCUCGAAAGGAUCCUGGGAACCAACGAUCUGGUUGGAGUCGAGUAUCUGACUCGCGGCGUGCGCGCGGCGGCCGCUGUGGGCCGAGUGCUGAUCCGGGACGAAUCUGACAACACUUCUGGCUACGCCUCAGGGUUCAUGGUGUCCCCCCGGCUGCUGCUGACUAACCGCCAUGUGCUGCCAGACAAGGAAACAGCUGCUGCAAGCAUGGUCGAGUUCGGCUAUGAGAAGGACGAACGCGGUAUUGCCAAACUGCAGACACAGGUUUACCGCCUGGACCCCACCGCUGCUUACUUUGUUGGAGACACGGAUGAUUUGGAUUUUGCAUUCUGCGCGGUGGCUCCUGAGGAGCAGCGCGGCACUGCUGGAGCAUAUCUGUCGCAGUGGGGCUAUCUGCGUCUCGACAAGCAGCUUGGCAAGGUUGCAGAGCUGGAGUAUGUGACAAUCAUACAGCAUCCGGGGGGAGACUAUAAGCAGGUUGCUCUGCGAGAGAACAAGGUGCUGUCCAAAAAGAGCCCCACUGUUCUGCUGUACCAGAGUGACACAGCACCCGGCAGCUCUGGCUCACCAGUCUUCAACGACCAGUGGCAGGUGGUGGCCUUGCACAGCCGCGGUGUCAAGAAGGCAGCCGGGGGUGCAAAUGGCGUUGCUAAGACCAGCACUGCGCCGGCCGGAGGGCAGUAUGAGGCAAAUCUGGGUGUGCGAAUCAGCGCCAUUGUCAACUUCCUGGAGUCUGAUGCUGAGGCCAAGAAGAAUCUGCUGGUGCAUGCCUUUCUGAGUGAUCUCCAGCUUGGAGGUCUGCCAGUGGCUUCUGUCGAGGAGGCCGCCGAGGGGAUCGAUGCGCUGGAGAGGGCAAGAAAGAAGAGGGGAGCACCAGGGCAGGGGGGCCGCAGAGUCGCCCUUGCCAGGGAGGAGCAACUGGCGCUGCAGUCAAGGACUGGUUACGACCCGGACUUCUUGGGAGUGACUAUUCUUCUGCCUGACAGCACUGCGGCACAGAAAAAAUUUGGUCCGCCUGUCACGGUCGGAGGUGACGCUGUGCUGAACUACAUGCACUUCUCGCUGGAGCUGAGUUCCGAGCGCAAGCUGGCUUACUGGACGGCAGUCAACAUUGAUGGCGCAACCGCUGCCAGCCCAGCAAGGGCCCCCAAAUUCAGACUGGACCCCCGGCUGAAGGAAGGGGAGCAAAGCGGCGACGAGCUGUACACGGAGAAUGUCAACUACUUUGACCGGGGGCACAUGGUUCGGCGCAAAGACCCCUCCUGGGGUGACAGCUAUGAAUACAACGCCGGAAACCUGGACUCAAUGUACUUCACCAACAUUGCUCCUCAGUACUACAAGGUCAACCAGGGUGACCAGCUCUGGGCAGGACUGGAGGACUACGUUCUCAACAAUGCCACCAAUGACGGCCUCAAGAUAUCCGUCUUCACUGGACCUGUCUUCAAACAAGACGAUGCUGUUCACCGCGGAGUGCAAAUCCCCGGGAAGUUCUGGAAGGUGGUUGCACUGGUGCACAACGGAGUGGUGCGCUCGAGCGCGUACGUUGUCAGCCAGGAGAAGUUUGUGACGGCUGAGGCGCUGGCCGGCAUCGAUGAAGAAGUGGAGCCCUUGGGAAACAUCCUCGGCUUCCAGGUGUCCGUGGCGUCUCUCCAAAAGCAGAUCGGCAUCGAUUUUGGGCCAGACAUCGUGUCAGGCGACGCAUUCAAGAAGGGUGCAGCCGCAGUCAAGGUUUCCAAAAAGGGGCCGAGAGGAAAGAAAGAGGCCACAGCUGUGGACGAGGAAAGUCUGGAGGCUGUAGACGUCGCAGCACUGGGAGAUCACAAGCUGCUGACCUCCCUGAAAGACAUUGAUCUGUAG